AUGUCUAAUAUAUACAUUCAAUUAAUAAUAUUCAUAUGUAUUUUCAUUGAUUUACCUUUAAUUUAUUCAAAUCGAAUUACAUCAAAAUCAACAUAUAUUGUCAAUGAUUUACAAGAUGUGAAUCUUAUUAGUAACUAUGGUAACUCAAUUGAUAAAUCGAAUAUAUCAAAUUAUUUAUGGCAUUUAUUUCAAAAUCGAAAUAUAAAUUCAUAUCAAAUGCAAAAACCAACUUUAUAUUAUACACCUAAUACAAAUAAUGAAAUCAGUAAUAUUACAUCAAUUAAAUUUAAUAAAUCAAAACCUUUAGAAUUUUAUCAUGAUUUACAAACAUCCGGAAAUGUAAAUAUUUUUCAAAGAUUAAAAAAUGAUCCAGUUCAUAUAAAAGCAGAGAUGAAUUCAAAUUUUAGAACAACUAAUCAAAUGAUUCAACCUGAUCAAUUAACUAUAUUCCCUAAUCAAAUUCCAUUAAUACCUAAUGAACGACCAUUUCAUAAUCAUGUAUUAUUAAAACAUAAUGAAAUGAUUCGUUUAUUAGGUGGAAAAAAUUUUAAUAGUGAAUUUAUGUCAUUUAAUAAACCAUGGGAAGUUAUCAUGUUUCCAAGUGGUAGAUUAAUUUCAUCAACUUUUAUAAAUGAUGAUAAAAAUACAUUUGAAACAUUAUUAUCAUUAAAUAGAAAUCGAAGAUCACAAAAAAACAAAAUCACAUAG